UAGGAAAAAGUAGAGUAGCUUUAUGUGUCGACAGAUAGCUAAACACACAGUUACUUUUAAUUCAGACGACAUUCAAAAGGUCAGUUAAAUGUUUUUAUUUAUUGCAAAGACUUCUAACUCUUUGCCCUUUUUAUUUAUGUAUUUUUUGGGGUGAUCUGGAUAAUCUAGAGACUUUUUGGAUUCCUCGUCCGUCCUAAAGGUCAGCGUGACAGUUCACUCCUGACCUUAAAAACAGCAGAAAUUAUACUGGAAAAAACCCUCAGCAGCUGGUGUGGAAGGCUCAGGUGUCUUUCACAACAAAACAACUUGAAAGACAACUGCUGAAGUCAUGAGCACAUACACAGGAAGAAGACACAGUGAUCAAGGGCAGCCCAACACUGCAGGAAAAAGAAAUGCAGAUGUCUAUACUGAAGCACAACAUGGUGUUGUGCCUGGUAGGAGAGCAGAUGCAGUAAACCAGCCAUUUCCAAACAAGCCUGUCAGCCACAGAAGAUCUCUCCAACCCACGAAACAAGACGCAUUUGUUCCAUAUGAUUUAGAAAAAAAUACUAUUACAAAACAACCAAGAGGCCAUUCGUUAACCCUAGAACACCAUUCAAAUGGCACCGGAAAGACCAAUGAGUACCAAGAUCCAAGAACCGACUCAGGCGGCAGACAGCCCAGUGGAGAACUGCAGAUGGCCAGAGCAAUUCAUGCAAAAGAGCUGGUGCUACAGGAGAAGCUGUGGCGCGUAGAGGAAAAAAUAAGACAAAAGAUCCAGAGAGACACUGCUGCACUUGAUGACCAAAAGAGUGAAGAGCAGAGACACAACAGGGAACAAGCAGAGAGGGGAAACUACCAGAGAGAAUCCAGGCUGUCUGAGCAGCAGAGGAGAGAACCAGUGAGAAGAAGAGAAGUGAAGGUGCAAGAAAGCCAAGAGGAGGAUGUUAAACAACACAUGAAGACACAAGAUGAGGAAGAAAGAGCCAGGGGGGAAAGAAGGGAAAUAGAGUCACACAAAAAAGGUCAUAAAGCAACUCACCAGAUCACAGUUCCUGAGCAAGAAGUGAGUGGAGAGCUGAACAAACCAAGGUGGGAAAAAGUGAAAGAGCAUACCGGAAGAAAAGAAAGGGAUGAAAAAAAUAAUGGCAUUUGGGAAGAUACAGGUGUGAAGUCACAGGGUGGAACAGUGAAAGCAAAAGAAAGACAUCAAAAUACAGCCUCAGUGGGCGAUACAGGUUGGAAGAGAGAGGAAAAAUAUAGGGAAAGGACAUGUGAGGAGACUUCUGACGAUGAACAAGAUAUGCCUCAAAUGAGCCAGCAGAAGGCUUCUCAUGAAGCUGCAACAAAAGGAAGAAACCCGUCAGGAGGACCAAGGCUUCCACCACUUUCUCAUCCCUCACAUUCCAGCAGACCAGACCUGAGACAGGAAGAGAGCACGGACACCAGGCACCAGCUCCUUCUUUGCAAAGUUUGCAACAGAAAGUUUGCAGGCGAAAGACUACAGAAGCAUGUCCAAAUCUGUGAGAAAGUUAAACAAUCAAAACGUGGAGUCUUCAACACCUACCUUCACAGGACCAAGGGAUCUGCCUUAGAGGAGUUCUUGAAAACCAACAGCGGAGGUCCAGAGGUUUUGAAGAAAAACAACCAAAGACAGAACCAGGGACAUACAAGGAAUCUGCAGAAAAGUCGGAAGGUCCCAGGUGGAACUGCACAUCAGCCAAAGUGAGGAGAUCAGAACUGACCCAGAAACUUCAGAGCUGAACCAUUUGAACAAGAAAUCCACGGCUUAUCAAGUCAACCAUCACCAUCUCAUUAGUCAGCAGAGUCUCUGCAUUGUCUGAUUCUAGCCCUGACACAAGUUUGGUUUCUGAUCUAUCGUCUACAUUUCCAUCAUAUAUUCCAUGUGACCUAAACAGAAGUGUCUAAGAUAGUCUUGUAAAGAGCUAAAAACUAACAUGAUUAUAUUAAUAUCAACUAAUAUAAAUAAAUGCAGUGUAUUCUAUCUUUCAUUGUGGAAAAUAUUGACGAUCGAGAAAAGACAACUGUUAGUUUUAUUUAUGGCUUUUACACAAAGCACGAAGCAACAGCGUGACUGAGAGAAGUCUUUAUACAACUGUUACAUCUCCACAAUGUUUGGUUAAUUGUUAACAACAAAUAAAUCAUAUUUUUAGAUGCCGUCAACACAGCAUUUUCACAUUUGCACUAAUUUUGGUUUCAAUAGAUUUCUAAGGCACACCGACUGUAUUCAACGUCACAUUUUACAGCAUGAAAAUACUGCCAGUGUUAUUCUGCUGACAGACCACUGACCACGAGGCUACUGCUUGUAAGCGAACUAUGAAAAAAGGGUUUUACACACACACACACACACACACACACACACACACACAAACUACAUAUUUGCUUGCACGAAUGAUGCAAAAUACGGAAACAACAUUAACAUAAACGACAGAUACAAUGGUUAAAAAUGCAAUAAGAAAACAGCAUUAUAGACGCAUGGUAAGCUAUAUCAUAAAUGAUUCCACAUUCAAACUGUUCAUACGCAUCACAAAGACAGACCUACAGAUGCUUCCCCAUCAACAAUUCAAGAGUUGAAGAAGGCAAU